AAAUAAAAAAAGUAUAAAAACCAAGGAAAAGUUUUAUUUUUAAAUCUUUCAUUCCCAAUACCACCUUUUACACAAAACAAAAUAAAAAUGAAGUUUAUUUUUGCUGCUAUUUACGCUGUCGCUGCAGUUGCUGUUUCUGGUCAACAAUACACUGGUCCUGUCUUCAUUACAUCUCCCUUAACUGGUACAGUGUAUAAUGCUGGUAAGCCUGCUGUCAUCAACUGGAUUAAUCCUGUAUCUGAUGUCAUUACCAAGAUCGUUUUAGCUCAAGGCAUCUCCACAAAUAUCCAACCUUUGAUCACCAUUGCAGAAAACGUUGAUUCUAAACUCGGUACUUACUCAUGGGAUGUUCCUACCGACAUUUUACCUGGUGACAACUACGCUUUUGUUUUGGGCGUGUCGCCUAAUGUAUCUUAUACCGGCCAAUUUACUAUUAAAAAUGGAAACGCUCCAGUCUCAUCUGGUGCUGCUUCUUCUAGUGCUGCCGCUUCUGGUGCUGCUGCCUCUGGUGCUGCGGCCUCUGGAGCUGCCUCAUCUGGAGCUGCCGUUACUCCUGCUGCACCCUCGGUUGCCGCUCCUUCAGCUGCUGCUUCUAGUGCUCCUUCUAAAGCUGCUCCUUCUGGUGCUUCUCAAUCAGCACAUGGUUCUUCUUCUGCUACCCCCGCUGCUUCUUCAUCCACCUCUGCAGGUAGUUCAAAUAAGGUUGCUUUUGGAGCUGUUGCUGUUGCUGGUGCCGCUGUCAUGGCUUUAAUUUAAUUUAUACACAUUUAAUAUACGCUUUUACAUAAUCGGUUGACUUUGUAUUACUUAAACUUUAUCAUAAAUGCUUAUCAAAGAU